AUGUUUCCUCUACAACCAAUUAAUAUUGGUAAUGUACAAAAUGUACCAAUUCCACAUGCAUCACCAUUUCAAGUUCAAGUAUUGCAAUUACUGAAUCAACAGCAGCGGCAAUUGCAACGAUUGCAACUACUAGUGCAACAACUGCAACAACAAUUACAGCCGCAACAACAACAACAACAACAACAAGUUAAUGGUGGCCAAGUAGCUGUUCUCGGUCAUGGUGGUGGUCAAGUUGCUGUUGUCGGUAAUGGUGGUACUCAAGCUGCUGUUCUCGGUCAUGCUGGUGGUCAACUUGCUGUUCUCGGUCAUGGUGGUGGUCAAGCUGCUGGUGUCGUUCGUCGUGGUCGUGGUCAAGCUGCUGGUGUCGUUCGUCGUGGUCGUGGUCGUGGUCAAGCUGCUGGUGUCGUUCGUCGUGGUCGUGGUCGUGGUCAAGCUGCUGGUGUCGUUCGUCGUGGUCGUGGUCAAGCUCCUGUUGUGGUUCGUCGUGGUCGUGGUCGUGGUCAAGCUCCUGUUGUGGUUCGUCGUGGUCGUCGUCAAGCUCCUGUUGUUGGUCAUCGUGGUCGUGUUCGUCGUAUUGCUGGUGGUUAA